AUGCGCACAAUUCUCCGACGUUUGCCGAUCUCGACUUUUAUUGAUUACGCUAUGUAAAUUAUACCAAGAUGGGUUAUACAAAUCUCACUCGUUUUACUUUAACUUGUAUACAGAUUUUAUUUUUAUAUGUAAAUGGGUAUUGGACUGAGCGUGCUGAAAGUAUUCAGGAUGAAGUACUGCUCCAUCGUUAUCGACGGCAGGCGGACAGCUACAACAUCGGGGCUGGAUCGUACAGAUACAGUUCCGCACCGAUCGGAUAUCCCGAUACACGUUACCAAGACCGGUCGGCGUAUAAUUCCGCUGCCAGCAGCCGGCGCUCUUCCUACACGUACGAUUAUUCUCAAACGUCGUACUCCAGAAAUGCUUCAAUGAAUUACGGAAGUGAUAGUUAUUACGAAGCUGAGCGUGGAUAUGCCGACUCAAGGAAUACUUAUUCCAAUUACCAAUACCGCAACUCGUCGUACACCCAGGGAUACAAUCGCGGACGUUACCGGAAGCCGGAAUUAACUUGUCCAAAGUGUCCGGACUGCCCACCGCAGUGUCCAUCCACUCCGGCGCCGGCACCGGCCCUUCCACCAUCGCCGAUCCAAGACUACCAAAAUCUGGCCAGUGCAUGCGAUGAUGAACUGAUUAAUGAAUGCUCCUACUCAUCAGCACCGUUUCGUUGUACGGAUGACCAAUGCACCGCAACCGCGGAAGCCGGUGUUAAAAUACAGAUAUUCGCGCCCCAGAAUCUCAAUGUCUCCCAGUGUCUGUUCCACAAAUUCAAUACUGAGGUCUUUGCCUUCACCGUUUGCCAACGUCCAGCACCUCACUGGCAGCGGUACGAUCUCAGCAAGGACUGGCAGCAGAUUAUUGACUGUCCGGAGUUGACUGACCCUCAGUGCCUGACAAUUUCCAAUGGGCAAGCCACUGUGUUUGAUCCUCGAUUCUGUACGAAUGUAUGGUCCGUCAAACAGACUAUAGUGCUACACUGUAGUUUGUAUAUCAAUGAUGACAACGGGAACCCGCUGGCUUCCACUGCUCUUGAGAUUACCGUCAAUCCCGAUUGUCGCUGCUAACCAUACGGAUCAGCUACGCUGCGGUGAUUAUAGGGAAAAUAUGUUUUUUGUGAACAUAUGAGUUCCUGCUUUGGAUGGUUAUGACCUUUUUACUGUGAAAUCCGAGAGCGGCUUACAUUGUAGGUUGCGUGGAACUACGCCUGAUGUUG